AUGGCCUCAGAAAGAAAGCCCGUUCUCCACUACCUCGACAUCGGCUCCCUAGGCCGCGGUGAAGUCAUCCGCCUCUUCCUCCACGACGCAGGAAUCGACUUUGAGGACAAACGGUACCCGUUCAACGAUACCUGGAAGGCCACCAGCAAAGAGCUCCAGGAAAAGGGAAUCAGCAAGACCGGAAGGGUCCCGGUGCUCGAGUACAAGGGCGUUUUGCUCGCUCAGCAUAUCCCCAUUCUCCGCUACCUCGCGCGCGACCUUGCCGCCUACGACGGCACCACAUCUCUAGAAAAGCAUACCGUCGACGCCGUUGCGGAUUUGUACAUUGACUGGAGAGCUGAAUGGGCCGCAAACCUAUCGCAAGCCUCGGAAGGAUAUAGGACCAAAUUCCUGCCGGACUACUAUGCCGUUCUUGCCGGGUACUACGGGCAGAGCGGCGGGCCGUUUCUCCUCGGUGACAGGGUCACGUAUGCGGAUUUCGCGGUGUAUCAGGCUGUUGAUAAUGAUGAGGGGAUUGGGGCUCUUCCGGAGGUUCUUCCGGAGGAGAUUGUGAAUUUCAGGAAGGCGUUCGAGGAGAGGCCGUUGGUUGCUGAGUACUUGAAGAACGGGAGGAAGAGCUCGGCUUAG